ACCCUCAUCCACCAUCUAGUUUCCAAAAACUGUACGUUUAAGACAUUACGUCCGAUUACAUCGAUCUCUAUUGUAUUAGCUAGCCAUGCUAGAAGGAAAAGCAGUUGUUGGAGAGACUGACAUGCUCCAAACCACGCAGCAAGAUGCUCUUGAUCUAGCAGCAAAAGCGCUCGACUUUUUCGAUGUCACUGAGGCCACCGAGAUCGCCCGCUUCAUAAAACAGGAUUUCGAUAAGGCGCAUGGACCUGGGUGGCAAUGCAUUGUUGGGACAGAUUUUGGUUCCUUUGUGACCCAUUGUUCUGGCUGUUUCAUCUAUUUUUGCAUAGGCAGCCUUGCAAUUUUGCUCUUCAGGGGCUCUGCGGGUCCAGAAGCUGAGACAAGCCACUUUGCAGCCUUGGAGACGAAAGCAUGAUACAUAUUUUCUUCUUAAUUCAUUAUUGUUCUUCUUGUAUAACUUCUUCCGUACGCGCUUAAGUAUAUAUAGAAACAAGAAAGAUCUUU